AUGUCGAUAGAUGCAGCAGCGUCAGUUAUUCAGACAGUUAGCACGAUCCAAAAACAAUUGGCCAGAGGAUUAACCAUUUCAGUGGAAAAUAAUCAUUGUUAUUACCAUUUACGGAAUAUGGAAUAUUGGUCAGAGACUGAUUGUUUUAAUGCUCCUACGAUAACUAUCGGUCCUGGUAAAUGGGGUGUCGGGGCAUUUAAGAGUAAAGUUACCUGCGGAACGAAGGGAAUAUUAUGUUACGAACUUUUGCUUGACGAAUGGAAAUUAAAAAAUCGAUUAUUUUUACUUAUAGGUUGGAAUGUCCCAUUAGUAGGAGACAAUACAUAUUUUCUUCAGGUGGCACAUGUGGAUUCACCGAAUUUUCCACAAACCAAAUAUGAAAGGAAGAAAGUAUGUGAUAUGUUAAUGGAAAAAGAAACUAUAGCCGGUAAUACAACUUUUAUUCAUUCAAGUCCCAAAGUUGAAGAUUAUGCUGAAGAAUCUAUAUCUCCAGUUUCUUUAUCUGUUUGUGCCACAAUGGCCACAAGUGCGAUAGCAAACCUUAAAGUUGAAAUUAACCCAUAUUUAGAACCCAUAACAAAUGAUAUAAAAAGUCCCUUAUUAAUUCCAUCGCCUGGAAAAAAAAAGUCUUUUACUAAUUAUAUGGAAGAAAGUUUCGAAAAUGCCGAAGCAAUUAUUAAUGAUGCUUUUAAAUAUAUAGGAAUGGAAGAUCAAUAA